UAUUUGCAGAGAUUGUCUCUCCGGGUUCUCGGUUCUCCGGAUCAGAAGUCCCUCAUUGUCCGCGGCGACGCCACCAACUCCGUCCCGUCUCGUCUUCCGGCUCGUAUUCGAGAAAUUGUAACUCGGAACCUCAGCCCCCCCCUGGAUCCGAUCCUUCUCUGCUGUCCCCCCUCAGACAUGUCCUCCCUCCUCUCCGUACAAGAGGAGAAUCGCAUCCUGCAGCAGGAGUUGUCCCGGGUGGAGGAUCUGCUGGCCCAGAGCCGGGCAGAGAGGGACGAGCUGGCCAUUAAAUACAAUGCCAUCAGUGAGAGGAAUGGUGGCUCUGAUGACAUCACCCGCGUUCACCCUUUUAUAUACGACGAGGAUGGUCCCCCCUCAGACAUGUCCUCCCUCCUCUCCGUACAAGAGGAGAAUCGCAUCCUGCAGCAGGAGUUGUCCCGGGUGGAGGAUCUGCUGGCCCAGAGCCGGGCAGAGAGGGACGAGCUGGCCAUUAAAUACAAUGCCAUCAGUGAGAGGGUCCUGCAGUACAAGAAGCGAUGCGGGGACGUGGAGCAGGAGCUGCUGGAAAGAUCGACAGAGCUGGAGCAUGAACGUCUCACUGAGGAGGAGACCAGCAACGAGCUGGAGAACGCACUGAUACGCAUGGAGGAGGAGCAGCAGAGGAGCUCCAGCCUCUCCCAGGUCAACGCCAUGCUGAGAGAGCAACUGGACCAGGCCAACUCGGCCAAUCAGGCGCUGAGCGAGGAUCUCCGCAAGCUGACGGCUGAUUGGACCAAAGCUCGCGACGAGCUGGAGCAGAGAGAGAGCGAGUGGAGGCGAGAGGAAGAGUCCUUUAACUCGUACUUCAGCAAUGAGCACAGCCGGCUGCUGUCCCUCUGGAGGCAGGUUGUUGGGUUCCGCAGACACUUCAGUGAGAUGAAAACGAUGACGGAGAGGGACCUGUCGCUGAUGCAGAAGGAACUGUCGACAAACUGCGCGGAGCUCAGCGCCAGGGCGGCAGAACUGAGCAAGACUAUUGAACGUCUGCAGAGCGACGGCAAAGAGAAAGACCUUCAGAUCAAACUGCUACAGGACAAGGAGAAGAGUCAGAUGGAGGAGCAUACCACACUGAUCGGGGAGGAGAUGGAAGUGCUGAAGACUGAGAGAGAGAUACUACAGGAGACCCUCCGAGAACUCACCCAGGUGGUUCUGAGUGACACGGACAGCGGUCUGCAGAUCUCCACCAGCGACAGGACGUCGGAGUUUAUAGAGAGCGAGGGUCCGGCUCUCAGCCUCAGGGGUCUCUCCAGCAGCCUGCGCACCUCCUCCCCCAUCCGCCGCUCCUCUCCGCACCGCAGCACGUCACCGAGGCGCAGCCUGUCGCCGGCAUUCCGGGACUCUGCGUUGUCAGCCGUGCACUCCGCUCUGCAGAGGAGACAGCUGCAAGUGCAGGACCUGCGGGGGCGGCUGGAGGCCGGACAGGAGACGGUCGGCACGCUGCGCAAACAGCUGAGCGACAGCGAGAACGACCGGCGGGCCCUGGAGCAGAAAAUCGCCCUGCUGCAGCAAGAUCUCGGCACUACCGGCAUUGCCAAGGAUGACGCAGAGCGCGCCGUCUCCAGACUGCGCAACAACCUAGAGCAGGUCAACAGCGAGCGCGCUGCGCUGGAGCGGAACAUCCAGAAUCUUCAGGAGCAGCUGGAGACGCAGCGACAGGAGGCGGAGAAACUGCAACUAGCAAAUAGCGACCUGCAGAGACAGAGGGACCUCCUGCAAGAGGAGAAGGAGGACGCGUGCCAGGACCGCAACCGGGCGCUGCGCGAGGUGGAGAGAGGGCACAAGGCUCAGGAGCAGUUGGAGGUGAAGCUGUCCACGCUGCGGAAGGAGCUGGUGGUGGUGAAGGAGACUUUGCAGCAGUCCAGCCUGGAGAAGGAAGUGUCCGACGCGGAGAAAGCCGACAUUUCCCAGGCCUUGUCUAAGGCAGAAACCAGCCGCGCUGAGCUGGAGUUGGCGCUCAGUCGACAGAGGACGGAAGAGGCCUCCCUGCGGGACGCUUUAUCCAAGAUGAGCGCGCUGAACGAGAGCCUGGCCCACGACAAGAUAGUGCUGAACAAGGUCAUCGCUCAGCUGGAGCAGGAACGUUCCUCCUUGCAGGGACAGAAGCACGAGGUGGAGCAGGAGAAGGCCUCCAUUCGGGAUGAGCUAGUGCGGCUUGAGCAGGAAAAGCUGGAGCUGGACACGGAGCGCUACGGUCUGGAUAACUCCCUGCAGGCCAUGGAGCAAACCCGAGAGACACUCCUGCAGGAGCUCCAUUCCCUCCGAAAGGAGAAGACGCAACUACAGGAGAAGCUGGGACAGGUGACACGGCACAGAAACUCUCUGAGCGAGGAGCUGGUGCAGAGCCGGAAGGAGGUGGAGCAGUGCAGCGAGAGUCUCCUCCGAGCCUUCAGAGAGAAGGAGGUGCUGAUGAAGGACAAGGGGAGCCUGGUGGUGCAGCUCACCGCGUGCGAGCGCGAGAACCGAACGCAGUCAGAGGAAAUUGCUGCUCUCAGGACAGAGAAGGAGUCUCUGGAGACGACGCUAUUCGAUGUUCAGCAACAACUGACCACUAUCACCUCCCGGAAGGAGCAGCUGGAGGCCGAGAGUCAGAGUCUGAGGCUGGCUAAGGAGGCUCUGCAAGCGGAGAUCGGCUCUGUGCGCCGGCAGAUGGAGGCCGAGGUCACCAAACUGGAGCGGGACAAGGAGGCCCUCGGGCUGCAGCUGGUCCACGCAGAGAAGGAAGCUCGCGUCGCCCUGAAGAGUGAGCAGAAAGCGCACGAGGAGGACGUGGAACGCCUGCUGAGGGAGAAGGAAGCGCAGCUUCUGGAUCUGGAGUCCGAUAAAGAACAGCUGGUGCACCGCCUGACGCAGGAGCGGGAAGAGUUGCUGGCGAGAUACGAGAUGGAGCGCGAGGAGAUGAGCGAGGAGAUAGCGGCCCUGCAGCAGGAGCGGGAUGACAGCCUGUUACAGGCCGAGAAUGAGAAGCAACAGGCCCUCUCCCUGAAGGAGUCAGAAAAGGCGUCUCUGAGCGAGAAACUGAACAACGCACAGCACACCCUAAACGCACUCAGCCUGGAGAUGGAGCGCCAGAAACGGGAACAGCAGAGCAGACAGGAGCAGGACCGGAGCGUCAUCAUCAAUCUGACCUCCGAGCUGAAGGGUCUGCGGGAGCAGUUCGAGGAAUCGCUGGCGUCCCAUGAGAGGGAGCUGAAGAGCCUCCACGAGCAGAUCCGAGAGACGGGGAAACAACGCGACGCGGCAGUGCGCGAGGUGGAGGAACUGAAGACUCAGCUCUGCGUGGUGGAGGACGGCCGGGACGCCCUGCGGCGCGAGCUGAUCGAGGCGCACCGGCGCGUGCGAGAGAGUCACGAGGCGGCGGAGGUGCACAAGAAGGAGGUCCAGGACCUGCGCCGGUCUCUCAGCGACGAGUCCAAAGAGAAGGAGGCGGUUCAGAGAUCCAACGAGGAGCUGCGCGGGGCGGUACGCCGGGCGGAGAGCGAACGCAUUAGUCUGAAACGGGCCAAUGAAGAGAAGGAGCAGAGGCUCUCGGUUCUGGAGGAGGCCAGAACCGCCACCGAGAAGGAGGUGGCCGACCUGCGCGGUAACCUGCGAGAGGUGGAGAGGUCGCGCCUGGAGGCACGGAGAGAACUGCAGGAUCUGCGGCGGCAGCUGAAGGUUGCGGACGACGAGAGCACAAAGCGCAGCCGCGACAUGGCGGAAGUGCAGGCGCGACUCUCUUUGUGCGAGCAGCGAGAGGAAGAAGCGCGCAAAGACAACUUUUCCGUGAAGCAGAAGCUGGUGGAGACGGAAAGCGGCCGGGAAGCCGCCAGGAAGGAGCUCGGCGCUCUGCAGAGGAAACUGUCCGAGGUGGAAGGUGACUUCGGCCUGCGAGAGAAGGAACUGCAGGGCAGCUUGGAGGAGGCUCGCGGCAACGAGAAGAAGCUUCUGGACAACACCCGCAAUCUGGAGAUUAAAGCCUUGACGUCGCAGGAGGAGGCGGCCCAGCUGAGCCUGAAGCUGAGCGCCAGCGAGGGGCGGGUCCAUGGGCUGGAGGCGGAGCUGGCGCGUCUCGAGGGGCUGAAGAGGGAGACGGAAUUCAAGCUUAGCAGCCUGCACUCCGCUCUGAGGAGGACUCUGGGAAUAGGCCGAGCGGGACGCACUCCGAGCCCGGCCAUUAGGGGGCGCAGCGGCUCACCCCGGAGGGUGUUCUCCCCUCCGAAGGGAUUCGACAAUACCUACACAACGACUACCGAUGGGCGAGGAAGCCCCAUCCCUCGUACAGGCAGCCCGGAGCGCAGCCGGACCCCGGAUCGCUCAUCCUCUCCUACCCGAGGGGAGCAACUGUCAGCCGACAUCGACCCCGAGGUCAUCCGCACCGCCCUGCGGGACUUCCUGCAGGAACUCAGGGACACUCAGAGAGACAGGGAUGACCUGCGGACUCAGCUGGGAACGGCGACUCGGCAGCUGGUGGAGAUGGAGGCGGAGCGGGACGGGGCCACCACACGCAUCCAGCAGCUGCAGAAGGUUCUGUCAGAGAUGGAGGAGGGGAAGCGCGGCAUGGACGGGAAGCUCAGCAAUGCGCAGACCACACUCAUCCUGCAGGAAGAGAAUCUGAGACGCUGCGAGAGGGAGCGCAAGAUGGCGCUGGAGAAAGCCGCCAGCCUGGAGCGCAGCCUGCAGGCGAGUCCGUGGAUUCUAUGGAGUGAAGACAAACUCAAUAAAAUGAAAGGUAACGAGGCCAGGCUGGACGGCGACAAGCGGCGUCUGAAGGAAGUGCUGGACGCUGCCGAGAACCGGAACACAAAGCUGGAGCUUUCCCGGCGCGCGCUGGAGGGGGAGCUGCAGAGGGUGAAACUGGUGCUGGGGGACCGAGAGGCCGAGAUGCAGGAAAUGCAGCAGCGGGUGGAAGGGCUACAGAGACAGUUGGCGGACAGCGAGGGGAAAGUGAGCACCCUGCAGCUCUGCGUAGACCGUCUCAAUGCCACCCUGGGGAAGGUUCAGGACAACGAGUCCUCCCUAAAGGAGAAGGUCCAGAGUCUGUCCAGCACUCUCUCUGAAUGUAACUCCACCUCCAGCUCCUCCCACGAGAAGAUCGGGCAGCUGCAAAAGCUGCUGACCUCCAGCGAGCACGAUCGGCGGAUCCUGCAGGAACGUCUGGAAGCUGCGCGCUUGGCGGUGGCGGACGGCAAGAAGCAGAGCGCGGGGCUCCUGGAGCAGGUUCAGGAGCUGCGGGACGAGGUGGCCGAAGGAGAACUACAACGGAUGGAGCUGGAGGGACAAGUGCGGCAGCUGCAGGAGCUCCUGCGGCAGCGUCAGGAGAGCGAAGGAACCUCGCUGCGGAGCCUCCAGAAGCUGCAAGAGGAGAGGGAGGUGCUCCAGGAACGCCUGGGCGGGAUGCAGCGCACACUGGCGCAGUUAGAGGCGGAGAAACGAGAGGUGGAACGCUCAUCCCUGAGACUGGAGAAGGACAAGAGCGCCCUGAGGAAGACCCUGGACAAGGUGGAGCGCGAGAAGCUGAAGACGGCGGAGGACACGCUGCGGCUGUCUGCAGAGAAGGGGCGCUUGGACCGCUCACUGACCACCGUGGAACAGGAGUUGGCGGACGCGCAGAGACAGGUCCAUCUGCUGGAGGCUCAGAUCGCAGACAUGGAGCAGACGCAGUCUCAGAGUCUGAUGGAGACGGCGGCGCGGCACCGCCAGGAGCUGCAGAUGGAGAUCGAGAGGCUGCGGAACGCGCAGACUCAGGCGGAGCGCACUCUGGACGCCAGGGAGCGGGCACACCGCCAGCGGAUCAAAGGCCUGGAGGAGCAGAUCUCCACCCUGAAGGAACAACUCCAACAAGAACUGCGCCGGUGCCAGUCCCACUACACGGCGCCGGUACUCCUCUCAGGGAAAUAACAGAAC